UCUGGCUUUCUUUCUAGCGGUGAAAAUUGAUCUUAAAGUUAUUUUCCAAUGGCUCGAGAAUUUAAACAGCUCUUUGUCCUUGUCUGGCUGUUAGCAGCCUGUCUUGCUACGACCACAGCAGUAUCACCGACCACAGCAGACCCAGCUACCACAACUGAAGCUCCUACGACCACAGCAGACCAAACUACCACAGCUGAAGUGCCUACGACGACCACAGCAGCUACGACCACAGCAGAAUCACCCUCCACAACGACCACAGCAGACCCAAUUACCACAACUGAAGUGCCUACGACGACCACAGCAGACUCAACUGCCACAACUGAAACUGCUCAAACAACCACAGCAGGCCCAACUACCACAAAAGCUCCGGCUACUACAGAACUUCCAGACCCUUGUGAUGCAAUGCCAUGUAAGGAUGGCAGCACCUGUGUGCGUCAUGCAGAUCAAGAAUUUGUAUGCUGGUGUUUGACUGGUGAAACCUAUAAUAAGGAAACUGAAAGUUGUGACAGUGCCAAAGUUUUUCCUGGACAACUCGACCUGCCUGCAAUAGUAUAUGUGGACGCUAUGGCUAACCCGACGUCAGAUGAAUUUAAAGAUACCUCGAAAAAGAUUAUUUCCGUGCUGGAUAAAGAGUACAAAUCAACUACUGGUUACUCUGAAUCUAAAGUGCUGAAAAUCACAAAGGGGCCAGUGCCAAAGGUUGGGUCCAGGUCAGAACCUGGGGUCAUUGCAGAAACAGAGAUCAUCUUCAAAAAUGAUGCUAAAGUGACAGAAAAGGAAUUUUCAGACAUUAUGGACACAAAAGUCAUUUGUAAGUCAGGUUGUGGCCUGAGCGGAUCAUUUGAAGAGGGAGACCUGUGUGAUACGGCUUGUAAUAAAGCAUCUACAAAAUGUGACUCAAAAGCUGGAACUUUUAACUGUAGCUGUUUGGAUGGCUACAUCAAGUCGAAGUUCAGUGACAGAGAGUGCAUUGCUUGUCCUAGUGGUGAAAAAGUUAAUGCAGAGACCAACGACUGUGUCCCUUGUUCAUUUGGUCGUUCUGGCUUUAACUGCGAAGAAACAUGGGAGCUGGCCCUGGUGAUUGUCGGCUCUGUGUUUGGGGGACUGCUGCUCAUCGCAAUCAUUCUUCUGCCUAUUUUGGCACUCAAAUCCCCAAAGAAGAGUUCCAAGAAGGACAAGAAGGACAAAAAGGCAGACAUUGGGAAUGCUUUGGUCAGCCAGCUUCCAGCCAAGAAAACAUUUGUGAACACCAGCUUUGCCAACAGCCAGGCAGCCACGGGUAAUGGGCAAGCCAAUGGCCUGUCAGCCUAUGCCAAUGCUGGGGUGCCUAGGAUCCCACGGGCCUCAACCAACAACAGCUGGAACAGCAGGACCAACCUGGAGAUGACUCCGAGCAACAGUCGGCAAAACCUGAUCAGUGCAGGGAGGCGGUUCGACGACCAUGAAGACAUGAACCGAUUUGGUCGACCUCAGAGCAGCCUCUAUGCUCAGACUCAACCUCAGACCAACCCCUAUGCGCAGUCCCGACCACAGACCAACCCCUAUGCGCAGUCCCGACCACAGACCAACCCAUAUGCGCAGUCCCGACCACAGACCAACCCAUAUGCUCAGAGCAAGGGCCACAACAACCCUUACUUCAUGUAUGACGAUGAAAGACUCAAUUAAUGAGGAAACACUCAGUUCUUCCUACAGUGACAUUUACCCUAAUCAAAAACUGGUGGGAGUUUUGUUGAAAACUCCACAAAUUUCUUUUCUUUUUCUUCGAUAACUUUGCUCCAUUAAUACAUCAUUAUGGUGAGAGUUGUAAACACAGUGGUUUCACAGUGCAGUUGUGUGAACUAAAUGCUAAAUGAUUAUAAGUUGUCAUUAUUUAGUCUUGUCUUUCCUUCUUGGUGAAAGUUUGGGGUAUGGUUUCAGUUUGGUUAGUUUGUGUUUGUCAGGAGGAUUGUUAAAAAACCACUCUCCCCAUUUUCAUGAAACUUGGAAAAAGAGUGUAGCAUGAGGCCAAGAAAGACCGCAAAACAUUUUGGAGCGGGUCUGAAUCACAAGGCUGAUACACAAAUUAUUUUUCACUUUAUUUUACAUUCAUAGAUGGGGCAUGACGUUAACGGAGGUCUGUGCACUCAAAGUGUCUAUUCAUAGCUGUUUAAUGCCAUUGAAACCCUAAACAUUUGAAACAUUGCACAGUUUGCUUCUCACUCAUCUAUGAAUUUGCAGUAAUCAUUUUCUGUGUAAAAUGUGUUUAUGAUGAGUCACAAUUUUAUGUUUAUGUUUAACUCAGUUUUUGUGAAUGAGGUGAGUUUCUUUUGUAAUAAUAAAAUUUAAUGAGUUAUUCCUCUCAAAUAGGGCAUGUUAGGUCCCUAUUUAUAUAUUUCAGUAUGAUUUGUGUGAAAUGUUUACUACAUUGAAAUUGUUUUGCCUAUUUUGUACAAAUGAGAGUAUAUUUUUAUUUUUAACCACUUUUCUGUCUGGUUAAUACCAAACUGUCAGUCAACAUAAAUAUAAUAUAACAUAAAUAUAAUAUAAUGUUAUAUUUGCCACCUAUUU